AUGGCAGAUGCUAACCUACAGCUGCCUUUCAGAAGUUCCAAGCAAUCGCGACGGCGCAGAUUUAAAGCUCCCCAUCCUCCCGAGAAGCCAUCCUAUAUCCGUGAGAAGUAUUGGUCUCAAUUCUCUUCUAGACUAGCCGCAGAACUCAAGAGCGACAAGAGUGGAUUCGACGUUGAGCUUUUGGCGCACUCCAACUCUACGGCAUGCAAACUUGGGCCUCCCAGCAAUGCUCCGGACUACCCUCACCACCUUGAGAAGUAUGGUAUGCAGGUUUUGGAAGCUGCCGGAUUUCUGAAUCACAAAGACGAAGGAGUGAGUGGUAAGAUAAAUGGGCGCUGGGCCUUCGAAGCCUGGAGAAACUUGGACCACAGCCCCGACCUCCAAAAGAGGAUCCAUCAGAUCUGGAGAAAGCAAUACUGGGUGGGCAUCACGCCGCAUCAGUAUUCUCUGAUGACGCCAGCUUUGCUGUUGGCAUCCGCUAUCUUGGACGAUCCUAUCACACUCAGCUUCUUUUAUGCCCUGGCCAUGCCGGUUGACUCUAUGGGUACUGUAUCACACGCGACCGCAGGUCUCACGGCUGAUUGCAAGAUAUUGAACAUACCAGAUGUGUUUCCUGAGGGCGAAGAGUGGGCGGCAUACCUGAACGUGGACCUCAUGACGCUAUACAUACGCGACUGGGCUUUCGAAGACGAUCCUGACUGUUUUGCUUACACUUCAAAAUACAAGGAUUCGAAUGGAAAUCUGAAACAAGGAUCUAAGCCGUAA